AUGAAUGUCAAUCAGCGGGACUUUGCAUUGAGGACUGCGGCUGAGGGGGAUGCUGCAAGGUACAGCAGAGACCAUUCCCUAAUCUGCUCUCUCCCCAGACUUCAACCAGGGCAACGCUUUUUGCCAACUAAGUCACAUGCAUGCAAAGCCCAAGAGGACAAACUGAACCCAUACAGGCGAAGUGAAGCCUCCAAGGUCAAGUUGCCUCCAAUAAGGGAUACUGGAAGGCCCAGGGACCAGUCGUCAAACUGCAUUAAAGAGCUCAAGAACCAGAAUUCUAUGCUGCUGCAGCAACUGAAGGAAUCCAAGAGUGAGAACAAACUGCUGAAGAACGUUCUACACCGACACACGGUGGCGCUGCAGCAGUUCCAAGAUUUAGAAGGCAGUAUUUCGCAGAUACAGGACCAGCACAGAAACGAGGUGAAAGCCCUGCGGAAGCUACUGGGAGAGACGCGCUUGAGCCGCGACAGGCUGGCGAAGAAGCUACAGGCCACCGAGAAGGAGUUGUUGGACGCCAAAGACAGGAUCCAGACCCUCCAGUGGAGGGUCAUCCAGAACCCCAACCUGCUGGAGAAGGAGGAACUCACCUACAGGCUGAAUGAGAUCACCCUCCAGCUGGAGGAGAAGGACAAAAGGAUACAGUUCCUGGAGAAGAGCAACAUGUUGCUUCAAGGCUCACUCAAUCGCCACGUAGCAAUAGAACAGAGAAAGCUGUACAAGACCAACGACGUGUCUGUCGGCCUACAAACACAAGUUCAUGAAUUAGCCAAGAAAAGUCAAUCGGCCAGGACGAGAGAAUCGCAGACGAGCAUAUCUGCAAUCAGAUCCUGGAAACAGUUGCACAAAAAAGGCAAGCAAAACAAGAUGGUCCAGACGGACGAAUUCAUCUCUCCAGGCAGCGAUGCCGACAGUCGCCUCAAGUCAGACUUUUCGGAGUCGGACGACAUGCUGCAAACGUGUCAGAGCCCGGCCAGCGCGGAAUAUGUGUCACAGAAGUCUCGAACAAGUAAACAUCGAAAGUACAUUAACAGCACUGUUAAAACUGCAGUUUCAGCCUCCAAGAAAGUCCCUCAUCACGCAGCGAGAGGACAGGUGUUAACAGAGGAGUCAGCGAUGGAGGAGGAAGGAGAUGAAGAGGAAGAUGAAGAGAAGCAGAAGGAUAGAAAUAUGAAGCAGGAAGACGAGAAUGAAGAGGAGGAGGAGGAAGAGAAGCAGAAGGAGAGGAAUAGGCAGCAGGAAGAUGAGAAUGAAGACGAGGAGGAGGAGGAGGAGGAGGAUGAGGAGGAAGAGAAGCAGAAGGAGAGGAAUAGGCAGCAGGAAGAUGAGAAUGAAGACGAGGAGGAGGAGGAGGAGGAUGAGGAGGAAGAGAAGCAGAAGGAGAGGAAUAGUGGUGUGGUGACAGGGGGGAAAAAGGGGGUGGAGGAGGAGUCGGGAGAGGAGGACAAUGAGAAGCAGGAGGAAAAGAACGAGGAGGAAGAGGAGGCAGAUGCAAAAGCGGAGAGGUCUGUCGAAGCGAGCGUCAAUGAGAAGUUUAAGAGAAUGGGGGAAGAUGAUUAUGAUGAUGAGGAACAUGAUGUUGAUGGUUAUGAAGAGGAGGAGGAGGAAAAGGGGGCUAAUGUAAACGAGAAGGAGCAAGAGGAAGAGGAGGAGGGAGAAAAGGCUGAAGGAAAAGAUGUGGAGGAGUUGGAGGAGGACGACAACGACAAAAAGGUGGCUGAAGAAAGCGAAGAUGGACAAAGCGAAGAUGAGGACCAGAAGGAGAAGGAAGAGGAUGAUGAGGAGGAGCAGGAGCAGGAGCAGGAUGAAGAGGCUGGGACAACCAGUAGACAAAGCUCCGUGUCCUGCAUUCCCAACGAGCCCAAGCUGACACCGCGUGAGCCAAAGCGAUGCUCCAAGCCUAAACCGCGCCGCAAGUACAACUUCAACCCGGUGACCACGAACCUGCACCUGGGCAAGCCGGCCUACACCGGCGUGCAGCUCAGGUACUACAAAGGCGCUAAUGUGCCCGUGAGGGAGGAGACCCUGUACUGCCGCAACCGGAAACGCUCAAUAGAGCUAUUAGAGGACGCUUCGCUGAGCGACGAGCAGACCAGCCAACCGGAUGCCGCCAGUGAUGGCUCGGAUUUGGAAUCGAAACAUAACGGCUCGUGUUCAUGGACUUAAAGCUACAGUCACGGACAAUAUUUGGCGUGUUUUCCCACUGCAGCAUGCAAUUCAUUUGCUACGAUACACUUGGUGCCCAGGAUGGACAUUUCUCUGCGGGCAUGUGUAAAGACACUUGAGGACAACCCGUUAUCACGUGCAUACGUAAACUAUGGCUUCAUUCAUUACCUCUGCCAAGCACAAGCACAUUGUUUCUGUAUCUGUUUGUGUGCAACUUCCUGGUUUGUUUGUAAGCAGGACUACACAAAAGCAACUAUGAAGGAUGAGAAAUUUGAGAGUUGUGCAAUACUGCCACCUACGGGACAGGAGGGCUCUGGGUCAGGUGUAACUUGUUGCUAAACCGAGGGGUGUCCAGACUUUUUACACAAAAACUUGAAAGAUGUAGACAAAACACAUAAACGAAAAGGUUUUCGUCCAUC